AUGGCCAAACCGCUACUGCCAACGGAGUCCAAUCCGACAAGUAUGGUCGCCUUUGAUACCUCACCAUCUGUCAACCCUGCUGAUGACCGGGGCCGCAGUCAAGCGAAGAAGGCGCUCAACGUAGACUCCCCAAGUUUUACACCCUCACACCUUUCGCCAAAUGUGCCUGCAGGUGGUGCUGUGACGACACCUAAGAAGCUGCCGUCAAUAUCCCCUAAAGCGGCGAGUGCGGCACCUUUCAUGCCGAAAGCCAUCAUCUCAAGGUCGAGUAAUGCUACUCCUUUUCGUCAGGACUCCCGAACGCCAGACUGGCACGUCUCCGAGGUGCAAGAGUUCAUCCCAAGGAGCAAUCUUCUGAUAUUCUCGGCUCAGGGUAGCGAAGAUGCAACAGCCCACGCAUACGAACCCCUGCCUCCUGCACCUCAGCCUAACCCGUACCUUGACGCUUCUCUGAACGGAACGACCUUCUAUCAGAACGCGCCGGCUUUUCAGCAACCCGUCCUAUACCAUCAUUAUGCACCCAUCGGACCAUAUCCGAGCAACCUUCUCCCAUACCAAAAGACCGUCCACGACUUGUUCAUUCCCAAUGACUUGCGCGAAGAGAUCCACAAGAAGAAUGCCGCUGCACUGCAGACCCUGCCGAAUUCUCAGCUCCCAACGCAUAUUGAAAACUACCACUCUUUAGUACCGCUUGACACGAAUCAUCACAAAGGCUCGACCAUCUUCGGCGGCUACAACUCCUGGGUUUACAAGGCCCAGUCUUCACAGAACGGCCAGUUUUACGUGAUCCGUCGAAUCGAGGGCUUCCGGCUGACGAACGAGUUAUCGAUUCGGACUGUACAAUCAUGGAAACACAUCUCGAGCGCCAGCGUGGUGAAGAUUAUCGAUGGCUUCACAAACCGCAAUUUUGGAGACAGCUCGUUGAUCAUCGUGACUGACUACCACCCCCUUUCUAAAACCCUCGCGGAACAACAUCAUCUUGGCCAAAAUCGGCAUAUAAGACCACGUAACACGAGUUUGGAUCAGGUAUCAGAGUCGACGAUGUGGGCUUACGUGACGCAGAUUGCGUCUGGAUUGAAGACAAUCCACAACAGUGGACUGGCCGCGAGGGUGAUCGAUACCACGAAGCUUUUGGUAACGGGCAAAAAUCGCGUCAGACUAAACGGUUGCGCUGUGCUGGAUGUGAUUCACCACGAAACGCAGGCCCCACUGAUCCAGCUUCAACGGCAGGACCUGGUCAACUUUGGCCUGGUAAUAUUAUCGCUUGGGUCGAACAUGCCAGAUGCUGGCAACAACUUCGCUCGGGCAAUGGACCAGUUCAAACGAUUUUACAAGCCUGACCUGCAAACAGCGGUGGUCUGGCUGUACAGCGUGAUGCAAACACAGGAGAAGACAAUAGAUCAAUUCGUCAAUCUGAUCUCUGGUCAGAUGAUCACUGCCUUUGACGGCGCUUUACACAACGACGACGUUAUCCACAGCGAGUUCAGUCGGGAGGUGGAGAAUGGGCGCCUUUUUCGGUUAAUGGCGAAACUGAACUCUAUCAAUGAGCGACCGGAGUUCGAACAUGACAGACAAUGGUCCGAGAAUGGCGAGCGAUACUUCCUCAAGCUAUUCCGGGACUACGUCUUUCACCAAGUGGAUGCUCAAGGUCGACCAGUGGUUGACUUGGGCCAUAUCUUGACGUGUCUGAACAAAUUGGACACUGGAACUGACGAGCGAGUGACUUUGGUCAGCCGUGAUGAGCAAAGUGUUUUUGUGGUCAGUUACAAGGAGCUGAAGAAAGGCGUAGAGUCAGCGUUUCAGGAUCUCACCAAGGGAGGCCGUAGAUUGCACUAG